AUGUCAACUACUAACAGGACUGCUGCUCUGUCAGCUUAUAGAUACGUACUCAGAGCUACUAGAGUGGCUUUUAAUAGCGACCCAGUUGCCCUGAACGGAUCCAGAUCGCAAAUCCGGGCCGGAUUCAAAGCUGAUAGAAAUGUAACAGAUGAGGCGGAAAUCAAAGAGAAAAUCCAGUACAUUAAAGACAUUGGGUUGAUUCUACGAACAAAUGUUGUCCAGGCUCAGAAGAAGUCUGAGGAUGACAACAACUUUGGUGAGUUUUAA